UAGGUAGAAACAGAUGACCAAAUAGCCCUCCUUAGUAAGCCCAGGAAUAAAGGAGGAAACAGUGAUCUGGCAUCAGCUGGAUUUAACAUUAUUAAUUCAAUCAUAGGAUCAGGCAUUAUAGGAUUGCCAUAUUCGAUGAAGGAAGCUGGUUUUCCUCUAGGAAUACUGCUUUUGUUUGUGGUGGCCUUAAUCACAGAUUAUUCCAUUAUAUUACUGAUCAAAGGAGGAAAUCUGUCCAGUACCAAAACCUAUCAAGAGCUGGUCAAGAAAACGUAUGGUCUUGUGGGUUAUCUAAUCCUUUCAGUUCUCCAGUUUUUAUAUCCAUUUAUUGCUAUGAUCAGUUACAACAUAAUAACAGGAGACACUUUAACUAAAGUUUUUCAGAGAAUUCCUGGAGUUGGGGUGGAUAACGUGCUUACCGACCGUCACUUCAUAAUUCUUCUUACCACCAUCAUCUUUACCUUACCUAUAUCUUUAUAUCGAGACAUAGCAAAAUUGGGAAAGGUAUCUCUUCUUUCUCUGAUUCUAACCAUUGUCAUCCUGGUUGUUGUGAUGGUGAGAACAGUAACCUUCAGUCCACAAGUACCCAAAUCAGAAAAUGCAUGGAUAUUUGCAAAACCAAAUGCAGUACAAGCCAUUGGGGUGAUGUCAUUUGCAUUCAUCUGCCAUCAUAACAGCUUUUUAAUAUAUGGGUCUCUGGAAGAACCCACAUUAAAGAAUUGGUCUCAAGUCACACAUAUGUCUGUGGCCUUUGCUCUUAUCAUCAGUGUAGUGUUUGCUGCCAGUGGAUAUAUGACUUUUACGGGAUAUACAGAAGGAGAUAUAUUUGAAAACUACUGUAGAGAUGAUAACCUUGCUACAUUUGGAAGGUUUUGUUAUGGAGUUACUGUAAUUCUGACCUUCCCCCUUGAAUGUUUUGUGACCAGAGAGGUGAUUGCCAAUGUGUUUUUCCAUGGGAACCUCUCAACAGUUUUCCAUGUUGUUGUGACAGUAGUUAUCAUUGCUGUGGCGACUGGUGUAUCACUAGUGUAUGAUUGCCUUGGAAUAGUUUUAGAGCUGAAUGGAGUUUUGAGUGCUACCCCACUUGUUUUUAUCAUCCCAUCAGCGUGUUAUCUAAGGCUGUCCAAGGAGCGGUGGAACCAUUCAGAUAACCUCAUAUCCUGCCUGAUUCUUGUUCUUGGUGUGCUAGUGAUGGCAGUUGGGUUUGUCAUGACUGUCUUGCAUCCCCAGGAAUGUAGCCAUGGAAAAGAAAUGUUCUACUGCUCCCCUAGUAAUGUUUCCUUGCACAACAGCACACUUCCACCAUAGGUACUUAUUUAUAUACUUGAUUUUAUGCUGCCGUCCUUUUUCAGGUGAGACUUCAGUUUUAGCUGUUGAAACACAGAAUCUCGGAGGUGCCUUUCAGAACAUUACUUGAAUAACUUGCAAGCCUACCAAAAAGGUUGCAUUUUUUAACCUUAGUCUGCAGUGCUGUUUAAAAGCGAUAAAUUAAAAGUUAUGGAAUAUAAACCUUUCCCAUGUUUCAUUGAUUUAACUUAGCUUUUAUUAAUUUUAUAAUCUUUCAUGUGUAUUUAUUAGCAAACUAUUGUAUGGGAGUUUUUUGAAGUCCUGAGAAAAGGUAUUUCUGGAUCUCUGUGUACUACAAUUCUGCUAUUAAAUUGAAAGACCCUUAUUAAUUCUGUCUUUGAUUUUGCAGUGACUGUCCUUUACAGCUGAAAUCUUCCCUUUUACAGGAUCUUGAGUCAAAGGAAAUUUUGUAUUUUGACUGAACUGUAACAGAUACAAUUUAAUUUUAAUUGUUACAAUAUGUGGUCUUGUAAUUGAAAGAUAUUGCACAAAUAAAUCCACUAGAGUGGAUUGCAAAAGAUUGAACUAGGCAGUCUUUGUAAAAAUUUCAAGAUUGACGAAGAAGGAAAUCACAUUGCAGCUUAAUUCUUACAUUUGUAAUAUUAUUCAUUAUUUCUGAAACUGAAUUGAAGCUAACAUUCUAAACCUGAUUAUCGUUCUAGUCCUCUGUUUCUUUUCAGUAUAUGACUAAUGAUUUUGUCAUGGUUUUUCAAAUUUUGGUGAUUUGUUAACAUUUUCCAAUAUUCAUCUAACAUCAAGGAUUCAUCUAUAUAUAUGUAUGUGCAUAAAUAUACAUAUAUAUAUAUAUAUAUAUAUAUAUAUACACAUAAGUAUAUAUAAAAAUAGACUCACAUGCCUAUAGAAUAGGACUAAUUUGAGGUUGAGUAAUAUGAGUGUCCUCAGUCAUAUCAAUGCUGUCAUUUUGAAAAUGUUUUGUUACCAAAUGAAAAUGUGUACUUGAGUUAAUUUUUGCAUUAUUGUGAUCCUUGUGGUUCCUCAUGCCUGCUAGAUGUGUAAUGCUACUUCAUUUUUAUGCUGCUUAAUGAGGAUGGGUUUUGUCUUCAUCUUGAAUGACAAAGCUAUGUCAUUUAAGACUUCCAGCUAAACUAAUGUGUAAGCAAGGGUCACUAGAUGGUGGUAAUAUUUGUAAGAAUAACACACUUUUUAAAAGUAGUGCUUCCAAAAUAAAAGCUUUAAAUAUACUGGGUUUUUUUGUCGUUUCUUUGGGGUUUUUUUUUUUGAAGUUGUAAGCAAUUAGAGAGAAGGGUGAGUAUUACUCUGCUUUCAUUUCUCUACAAAGUGUCAACUUUGAGGGUGAUAAUUUAUUUGUUCUCCGGGUACCUGAUACUGUUCACAGAGAAUAUUUCUCACCAGUUUAGAUUCAGCCAUAGCUGAUUUUGUCUUAGCU